AUGAGUGACGCCAUAGCAACCCUCAUUGGCCUUCAGGCUGCCACUGGUGGUACGACAAUUCAGGACAUACUCAACCGCACCGCCCCGGGGCUCAGCUUCAUACCGUCUUUUCUGCGAAAAUGGCUUCAAAUCGACAUCAGCGCGAUAAUAGGGUUGCUUUCACUCAUCGGCGCCAUGUCAAGCGGCUUCCACUUCCUGAACCACAUUAGUCUCAAGCUGUACUGGACUUUGACUCGAUUUUGCACCGCCUCUGUUGCUGUCGCCGCCAGCGAUCGUCUCAAUCGCGAGGUCCUCAACUGGCUGUCUUCCACAGUCCUUAUGCGCCAAGGCACCCGCGUCCUGGCCGCCCGCAGCGAGAUGGUGGACGACGAGCGCUACUAUUAUCAACGCCCUAAGACAGUUCGUGAUGACUGCGCUAAUGAGACGCGCCGCCCCGUUGAGUACAUGCCAACCUUUGGCACCACCUGGUUCUGGCAUCGCAAACGUCUGUUUAUCGUCCGCUGCGUUAGAACCCACAACCAUCGCGGCGGUGCUUUCGGUCGCGAUAGUCCAGAGGAGUUAUUCGAUGCGCCAAGUGGCGACGAGCCCCUUGUCGUCAUGUGUUUCGGACGCUCCGUAGCUCCCAUCAAGCAGUUCCUUGAUGACUGCCGGGACUGGGGCGAGGCCCAGCGCGCACGUUACGUUACCGUCCGUACCUGCAAGAAGACUUACAACGGGGCACAUUGGGAUUCGACGAUCCUGCGCCCGACGCGACCAAUUCAGACGGUGCAUUUUGACGAGCAGAUCAAGAAGGAGCUGGUCGCCGACAUCAUCAACUACCUCGACCCGCAAACGCGAGACUUUUACCAUCAGAGAGGCAUCCCCUACCGCCGCGGGUACCUACUGCACGGCCCACCCGGCACCGGCAAGACCUCACUCAGUCUGGCGCUCGCAAGUAUGUUCAAGCUGGAGCUGUACCUCCUGCAUGUACCGAGCCUCGCCAACGAUGGCGAGUUGGAAUCCAUGUUUGACGAGCUCCCGCCAAGAUGCAUCAUUCUUCUUGAGGAUAUUGAUGCCGUAGGGAUACAACGACGAACUGAGCUUGCGACACGAAUGAAUGGACUUGCAGAUGACGACGAUGAAGACGACGAUGAGGAAGAUGAAAACGGCUCUGGAAGAAGCAGAAGCACCCUAUCUGGUUUGCUGAACGUUCUUGACGGCGUUGCCAGCCAGGAGGGCCGCAUUGUCUUUAUGACGUCCAACCUGGCCGACAAGCUCGACCCGGCGCUUGUCCGCCCCGGCCGCAUCGAUCGAAAGAUAUACCUCGGUAACAUUAACCAAGAGUCGGCGAGGCUCAUGUUCCUGCGCAUGUAUGCAGAGUCUGAAGAGUCGCAUUUCACGGACUUUGGACCUGCUGCAGAAACACACAUGUCAGAAACCAACGCCCAGGUGUCUGGACAGACCACUCCUCCCGUCAUCGCCCCGGCACCAUCAACGACAACCCUUGCUGAGAAGUUAGGCACGGUUGAACUGGACGAGGUUGCAGCCGAAUUUGCUUCGCAGAUACCCGAUGAUGCGGUGACCCCGGCCCUCAUACAGGGAUUCCUCCUCUCACAUCGCUCAGACCCGCUCGCGGCACGGGAUGGUAUCCAGGAGUUUAUCAAGGAUGAGCUGUCGAAAUUGGAGCAAGCCCGGGAGAAAGCACAGCGAGCACGAGAAGCCAAAGCACGCAAGCGCAAAUCGAAGGCUCUCGCGCAGCUGAGUGCUCUGGCAACUCUGACUGCAAAAACUCGGGCUAAUCGGACCAUUGAUGACACAGAACUGGCGGAGAUUGCAACGGAUGAGGAGCCGGUGAAAUCUGCAGCUGGUGGUGCUGCAGGCGCAUUUGGUGGCCCAUCUGAUUCUGAUGCUGCCCCUGGAGCGACAGAGGGAGCUGAGGCUACCAAGAAUGGUGGAGGCCAUAGAAAUAACGCAGAUGGCACUGGGGAGGAUAUUACUAGCAGUGGAUCAGAGAGUAAAGUGGGCGAGGGCGGGAGUACAGAAGAGGGCGCAACUGAAGUUGAAGCUGGUCUACCAUCGAACUCAUAG